CUUUGCAUACUCUGGGCGGGACUGCGGUUGGUCGGAGAAGCGGAAUACAUGGGCGAGCUGGAGGGAGUGCAGGCAUUUGCGUUCAAAAUCCGCGUUUUACCUGGAUUCAGUUGUGAUCAAGAUUGUGUUUAAGCCACGGGAUGUACAGACAGCCAUUUUAUGACGGAUUGCAGUGAAACGUAGGGAUCUGGAAGGCAGAUAAAUCAACGUGCGAGAAACGAGCAGUAUUACCAGUGGAUCGCUACGUAGCCAGCUGUCGACAACCAUAUCGACUCCGUUUUCCUCGUCUUGAUUUGGUCGGGGUGUAUUUUGGUGUGAUUGCAAGGUUAAACGUCAGUGCGUCUGGGAUACAAUAGCUGCUUGGUCGUGUCACUGUCAUUUGUCAAACCGCUGGCUGCGAUAAUAGGCCUUUGCCUUUUUAGUAAAUCACUUUUUUUUUAUCAUUCCGAAAAACAAGUUAUACAACAGGCAGGUGUAUUUACUUGCAUUAUCUUGCUAGGUCCUAAAGCCCGUCGGGUUGCUGCCACAGCGCUGUUUAGAGGGUCCAGAUGGUUCACUUUGUGUCGGUUUCCAAAUUAUUUAAAACCAUGGAAAUGAAUUUGUUAGAACAAGGCUGAAUAAGAAAAUUGUUUUUUCCCCCCGGCGUACUCGUGCAUUAUACAUUCGGCCAGACAGCUUGAUACCUAGCUGGCUAGUUCAGUUAGCUAGGGAUCGUAGCAAUCGAAUAACAGUCCUGGUAUUCCAGUUGUUAGCGGACGUUCAUUUUUAACAGCGACUUCGGGACUUUGCACGAUAAUAUAACACUGUUUAGCUGCACCACGGAGCAGCAGCCGUGAGUGAUGGUCGUGAAUACUAUCCACUGGUUCAGGAAAGGACUGCGUCUGCAUGACAAUCCUUCGCUGAGGGAAUCGAUCCAGGGGGCGGAUACUGUGCGAUGCGUCUACAUUCUGGAUCCCUGGUUCGCUGGAUCGUCCAACGUGGGGAUUAGCAGGUGGAGGUUUCUGCUGCAGUGUCUGGAAGAUUUGGACGCCAGCCUACGCAAGCUGAGCUCUCGCCUGUUCGUGAUUCGGGGCCAGCCAACCGAUGUCUUCCCCAGACUGUUUAAGGAAUGGAAGAUCAGCCGCCUGUCGUACGAGUAUGACUCCGAGCCCUUCGGGAAGGAGCGCGACGCCGCCAUCAGGAAGCUGGCCAGCGAGGCGGACGUGGAGGUCAUGGUGCGAACCUCUCACACGCUCUACGACCUGGACAAGAUCAUUGAGCUGAACGGAGGCCAGUCGCCGCUGACCUACAAGCGCUUCCAGACGGUGAUCAGCCGCAUGGCUGCCGUGGAAACGCCGGCUGAGGCCAUCACUGCCAAGGUCAUUGGGCGGUGCUCGACCCCCAUCGCCGACGACCACGACGACAAGUUUGGAGUACCGUCCCUGGAGGAGCUGGGAUUCGACACGGAGGGGCUGGCCACAGCCGUGUGGCCCGGGGGCGAGACGGAGGCUCUGACUCGUCUGGAGAGACACCUGGAGAGGAAGGCGUGGGUGGCGAACUUCGAGAGGCCGCGCAUGAACGCCAACUCUCUGCUGGCGAGCCCCACGGGCCUGAGCCCCUACCUGCGAUUCGGCUGCCUGUCCUGCCGCCUCUUCUACCUGAAGCUCACCGACCUCUACAAGAAGGUGAGGAGCACCUCCCGCAGCUCAUUAGGAGGGUGGUGUUUGGGUGGGCUUGCGGUGUACAGUGGUCUGGCUGUGCUGCAGGUGUUUGAGGAGCUGGCUGUGUGGGGAGCUGGGUGUGUGGGUAACAGUGGUCUGGCUGUGCUGCAGGUGUUUGAGGAGCUGCUGCUGGACGCAGACUGGAGCGUGAACGCGGGCAGCUGGAUGUGGCUCUCCUGCAGCUCCUUCUUCCAGCAGUUCUUCCACUGCUACUGCCCCGUGGGCUUCGGCCGCCGCACCGACCCCAACGGAGACUACAUCAGGCGCUACCUGCCCAUCCUGAGGGGCUUUCCCGCCAAAUACAUCUACGACCCCUGGAACGCGCCGGAGAGCGUGCAGAAGGCGGCCAAGUGCGUGAUCGGGGUGCACUACCCCCGACCCAUGGUGCACCACGCCGAGGCCAGCCGGCUCAACAUCGAGCGCAUGCGGCAGAUCUACCAGCAGCUGUCCUGCUACCGGGGCCUGGGUCUCCUAGCAACUGUGCCGUCCAAUCCCGGCGGGAACGAGGGAGCGGCAGCCAUGGGAGCCUGUGCUGCCGAAGGGCCACACGAGGGCGCCACUGCCGCCGGGUACCAGCUCUCUGUGACCCCUCAGAUCGACUGGAACACCGGAGUGCACCCGUACCCCCCCAGAGAGUUCCAGUCCAGCGGCAGCACACAGCAGCAAGGAUUCACUGGGGGAGGCAGCAGCCUGGUCUGCUACAGGCAGGAGUCUCAGCAGACUCUCACUGCACCGCAAGGUCUUAGCGGCAUCCUGAGCACAGGAAAGCGCCACAGUGAGGACGCCCCCCCCAGCGUCAGCUCCAAGGUCCAGAGACAGAACAGCAACUAGCCCACCAGGGGAACUGCAGGACCAGAGACCGGAGCUCAGUGCUGUUAUCAGCAUUUUGUCCUUUAUCUGUUUUUGGUGGGGGGAUAACCACGACAACCACACGCCCCAUCCUCUCUGUGAGCACAGUUCCACAUGUGUAAUGUUCUCAGCUGUAUUUUAUUACUGCAAACCAGUGUGUAAAUAAAGUGUUUGAUUUAUCUGCUUCAUACUCAGAAUGUAAAUAUUUGAUAUUAUCACUUGUGUUUAGUUAUAGACCAUUGAUAUAUUUUUGAUAUUAAAUGUAUGAUACAUUGCAGAUGGAUUUUUGUCCGGUUUGAGAGUAGCCUAGCUGUGUUGGCCUCAGUGUCUCUCCCCUCAGGCUGAGCUCCAGACUCACUCCACUGCCUGAUGUCUGAGAUUAGGGAGUAAAGUCGGUUCUGAGCACAAACUAUCUGGAGCCAUUUAUUUGCCAUCGGAACCUCUGGAGUUCCAGAUUCCAUUUGCAGCCAUUAUACUCUGCAGAGCCCUCCCCCCCUCUGCCCCCCUCCCCUCCCCACCCCUCCUCCCCCCUCUUUGUUCAUCUGGCUUUUGCACAGCUUUGUUACCAUUAUGUGCUACACCACAGUGUAACUGAUUGUAUAGUGCUUCUUGUCUUUUUGGAUUGUGCUUGUUUAAAUAAAUAUAUGGGUUAAUACA